CGAGGCAUUUUUGAGUGAUUGACAUUAUUUGCAAGAAAAUUAUAAAUUAUGGUUCUGCUUUCCAUUGAACGUCAAAUCAACAACAUAACCUCAAGCCAGAACUGUCAGUAUGUCGGAAAUGUGAAGCAGGACAUACAUGUACGUUAACGAAGAAGACGUAAUAUUAUCCAAAUCAAGGAGGCCAUAAACGCGCCCUACAAUAAUUGUACGGACGACUGACGAUACGGGCCUUAAAGUUCGAACAAGUGAUUGGUAAUCGUUUUAUUGUUAUGGACUUUUUAUGCAAAUGAACUUCCGUUUCCUUGAAUUAGAAACACUCUCUUGUUACUUUAAGAUAUUAUGCGACAAGAAACAUUCUUCAAGCAGAGACUUUGUUGGCAUGGACAAAGGGACAGCAAGUCGAAUUGUUUGGAAGGUGACAAGAGCUAUUGCAGACAUAAAAAAUACAUAUAUCGCCUGGGGAAAACAAUGCAGAAUAAGAGCUAGGUUUGAACGAGGAGACUUCAAUGAAUAUGUUAUUGUUGGUGACAGUGGGUAUCCAAUUAAAAAUUACUUGAUAACACUUUUGGCUAAUCCUGUGACCAAGUCAGAACAGCUUUCCAAUGCGUCACAAAUCAGAACCAAAAAUUGCAUUGAGAGAAAAUUUGGGCAAUGGAAAAGAAGGUUUCCCAUACUGACAUUUGGAAUAAGGUUGAAGGUGAAGAAAGUUGAACAUUUCUAAACUCCUGAAUGAGGUACAAGCUCCUGAAAUAAUGAUGAGGAAUAAGCAGCAAUAAACUUAACUGGCAAUGUAAUUACUCAGCCUUACAUGAACAAUUAAAAUAUGCAUAAUAUUUUGAGAAAUCAAUUAAUACCAAGAGACCAAAACUGAAAAAAAAACAAAUUAAAAUAAACAAAUAACUUAAAAUUACUGUUUAGUAUGUUUUUGUUGUUCUUGACUUGCAAAAGAUGAAUUAUUUGAAGUUACGCAUUAUGUAAACUUUCAAAAUUUAAGUUGAACUCUGCUAACAGUUGUAGAUUUGUAG